CUGCAAAUGAGCAAUAUUAAUAAGAUGAAACUUCAAGUUUUUAAAAUAAGUCUAAUUAGAAAAAUUAAAUUUUGCAAAUUAUUCUAAAUCUAUUUAUUUUUUUAGCUAAUUAAAACUUACAGGUGAGGGUAGCUGAAGUUAAGUUAAUACCUACGCGCGUAGAUCUUUUAGUUUUACGAAAAAGGAUUCCGCCUUCGAAGCAUCUGACCUAUUUCAUCACAGCAUAACUUGAGUUAAAGUGACUGAUAGGUUGUGGUGUAAUCACUAAUUCAUUUUGGUUUUUUUGCUAGCAUUAUAAAGAAAUUUGGUUCGAAACAGAUCCAGUUUUCUGUUAUUUAAUCCUUUAAGGACACACAUUAUUGGCUGUCAUUUUUCCUUGUCCUGGGGCACAUUUUAUCCAUUUUAAUGGACUUUUAACUAUGAUUGACUAGUUAAGCCAGACUACAGAGUUGACAAGAAAAUCCUAAGCCAGUAAUAAAUACCUCUUUGGGACUGGGAAUGGCUGCCUAGAAAUUGGGCAGUUUGGAGAGUUGCAGCUCCUCUCGGGGCAGUCUGUAGUCAUGGUUCUCUUCAAAGAUAGUGGACCUUACUAGUCCACAUUCAACAGCUGAAGUGGCCAGUGAGGACUCUGGUUUGGAGAUUGUCACUAGAGUGUUUUGUGUGUUGGAAGAUCAUCAAGAAUUUGAAGUUUCAGCUCGUAGUUUGACUGGCACCUUGUUCCAUGGAGUCAAGUGCAACCAGUUAUUAAAUGAAACAUCCUUGGCGAUUAUCCAGUGAUAGUCCGGCUUCAGUACAGAACUGGCUGGAGAGCAGAGGUACUGAUGGUGUUUACAGUAGCUGCAUCCUUGGCCUCUUUAAAUUGGACAGUUUUGAGUUGGAUGGCCCUGAAUGUGAAAACAAUACCUUGAAACACCAGCAGAACUUGGAACAAAUUGGAACAGAGAAUCAGUAUAUACUACCAGCAAGUAAAGCUAGACAUAAAAGGUUGAAGGGUUGUGAGAGAGGGCUAAGUAAGAAAAAUACUGCCGUCUCCACAAGUAAUUCCUCAAUCAAAAUUGAAGACAGGAAGAAAAGUGUUGCAGAAGAAUGUUUAAAGUCUGCGUGUGAACAGAAAUCAAGCAUAGAGCCUCUGGGAGUCAACGAAUCUGCAGAAAUAUUGAACAGUUUAGAAGUGAAGAGGGAAGAAAUUAUUUGUGAAAGUGAACAGAAACCAUCAUCCCUUGAAGUUCAAACUCAGUUCUCUGCAAUCUUUUCUUCUCUUAGUGGCAAACCCGAACCACCGACCAAACUGUGCCCUCAGCAAGAGAGAGAAAACUCGUCAAAGUGUGUGGGUAAUGACCACAGAAUUAUUCAACAUGAUUAUCAGACUGCUAUUCAUAACUUACAACAAAGUAUUUUGAAUAUGGAAGAGGGAUACAAGAAGAUUAAGAAGCAGGGUGAUCGUGCCAGAGAUGAAGAUAAAGAGAGCCAGUGUCAAAAAAUAUUUAACAAAGGAAAAGAAAUCACUGGCUCCAAAACUGUGAAAGAAGAAGCUAAUGUUACUGGUGACUUAGAAACUUGGAAGCCUUCUUUUGUUGUCCCUAAGAUGAAGCCUAGUUGUUCUCGUGUACCUUUCACUAUUAAACAUUCACCUUUUAAUGUCCUGUCAAAUAUUCAAGGAAAUCUGUCCCUUCACUUAGAGUCACAUGUGGCUUCAGAAACAAUGACUAAUAACUUGGAGAAGAAGUCCAAAGAGGAUGACUGCCAGAAGGUAGCAUCUUCAGAAGCUGAUGAUUUAUUUAUACUGGAAGAUAAAGAAAAUAUUCAAAUGUUAGAUUCAGAACAAGUUGACAAGAUAUUUUUGAGAACUACUCCAAAAACGCUGUCUCAUGACCCAUUCACCUGGGAACACUGGAAAUUUGCGCUUGGACCUGGAGAAUUUCUUUCAGAAGAGUCACUAGAUGAGAAACUGGUAGAUAAUCUUGUAAACAAGUUUAAUGAGAGCGUUGCAGCUAUCUGGGGAAAGACUGACGAUCUUCCUUCAAAUGAGAACCUGGAUUUGAAAACUAAUCCACAACAGGUUGAAUUUUCACUGAAAAUGUUAACCUCGAUGUUGACAAACUCCGGUAAGCUUCAGACUCCGAAUUACACAGAAAAUAAAAAUGUGAAUCCAGUUCAAGGAUAUUCUGUUUGGUCUGCUGGAUAUGAUGACUUGAAAACCUUGAGUUUAAACGAAUCAAACUUUUCCCCCUUUGCCCUUACUUCUCUUCGUCGUAAUCUUGCUGCUGGGAUUAUUUCUGGCUUCCUUGCGUCUGGAAUUGGUCUAGGGAAGACUACCCGUUACUCUGAAGAUCAUCAGUCACCUGCUUUCUCAGAACACAUCCAAUACUUGCAGAAAGGUUCUUUUGUUCCGGAUGAAGAUGAAGUUAAUAUUCAAGAGGAUAACAAAGAUUUGGAUGACAUACUGUCAUUUCAUCCAGAUGCAAUUUGUUCAAGCUUAGAAGAUGAUGAUGGAAUUUUAAUGUCAUCCUCCGAGGAUGAUUCUAGGCAAGAAAGCCCUGUGAUAAAUUUUGUCGGAAGCAAAGUACAUUUAUGGAAAGAUACACCAGAACAUGUCACUGAGCCAGUUGAAAAUUCUGAUGGUGAUUGCUGGCUUCCCUUUCUCUCCACUCACAAUACUUUUGGUGUGUUCUGUAACAGUCAUAAAGGUGAAAAUGAAACUGAAAAUAAGUUUUCCUUUGGGAACGUGACAGAGCAGAGUGUGGACUGUAAAAAAAACGAUGAUUGUCACGAAUUACAAGACUUCCGUUACUGCACUACUCUGACAUAUCACAAAGGAGAGAGUAAGUUUGUGGAAGUUGUUCCCUCAUCAUACAAAAAGAAAAACCUAGAAGAUGAUCGGGUGGGAAAUUAUUAUAAUGAAGCUUACAGAAGUUUCUCCAAGUAUGAAGUUAAUGUGGAGGAAGAGGAAAAUCUUCUGACAUCACCUAGAACCCACUUUCAACCUAUAAGAGAAGACUCUUUUGACUCGGAGAAUAGUGACGACACGGAAAUUGUUACGUUAACCGUAAAACAGGAUGAAGAGUCACCGGAGUUUCUUGUUGACCUAACCAGUGUAGACGAGAUUCGGGUCAGUCAGUCACCUGGUUCUGGCGACUUUGAUAAGCUGGAAAAUAAUGAAAAGCUCAAAGAGAAUGGUCGAACACAGCGUAAUAGACGAAGAAAGCGUACGGUUUCUUCCUCCUGUGAAGAACUUGUGUCUUUAACUGGUGCCUUUAAUCUUGAUGAAACUGGUUCUGGUUCCAGUUCACUCACUGAAGAAGAAGAAGAGAGCCAAGUGUCUGGUUCUUUUUCUAGAACAAAUGAUUUGUAUGAAGAUAAGGGAACAAAUACAGAGACUGGCAAUUACUAUGGAUUAUGGGAAGAUGAAAAACUCCAGGAUGAUGGCGAUUACUCUCUGGCAUCGGGUGGUAAUUCAUUGUUUAAUGUCUAUGAAGAAGAGCAGUGGAAUUUCACUGAUGUGCCUUGGAAAUGGAGUACCAAUGACCACGAGAAGACCACCUGGAUAUUCGAGAUCACUGAAGCCCCGCACGAUUCAAAGGUGCUUCCUGUCUCGGACAAAGACGUGGUAUCUGAGAAAACAGACUUGAGCUUGCUACGCGAAGAAAUAGAAGCAGAAGAAGAGGAACUUCUAAGAGAUAUUACUCGUGUGAAAGACAGAUGGGAGGAUGUGAUUGAAUUGAAAGAACAAAAUGAUUUCCAAGAUUAUUCAUCGGUUGGAGGUUUAGAGAAUAAGACAAAUGAGAUUUGCUGCGAAGAAGAUUGUGCGUCGGUUUACACACCUUUUGAUGGAUUUUAUAGCAACUUGGGUGAAAACUACCAGGAUCUUGCACAGUACUGGGACAUGGGGAAUAUGGAUUACAAAACUAAAGAAUUGAAUGCAAUGGAUCUACAGGAUCUGAAUGAUACCCCUUACCCUUCUGCCACCUUCCUACCCAGAGAAAGUGUUUUCUUUUCAUCUCAGUUGGAAGAAGAAUGGAGAAGGGACAGCAGUCCUUUUGGAGUACAAAUACCUCGACGAAAGAAGCCAAAGUCUAGAGUUCUGUCUCAGAAACGACCCUGCACUUUUUAUCUCGAAGGAAACUGUCUCCGUAAGGACUGCAGAUUUUCCCAUGACCUGUCUCAGAUUACCUGUCGUUUCUGGGAAGAAAGCUCUUGCUUUAAAGGUGUUACCUGUCCCUUUCUGCAUGGAUAUCCCAGUCCAGCAGAACAUAAUUUUGAAAGAGAGAAUUCAACAAAGCGAAGCUUCUUGCUGGAAUCUGAAAAUGAUUUUCCUUCAUUGUCCAAGUCUGUGCAGGAAAAUCAUCUUAAGAUUUUGGAAGGGAACAAGAGUUUACGUAUGGGAAGAAAGCGUGGAAAGCAGGAACAGAAGUAUCCUGUAGAAGACUAAAGUUGCCAAGAUGUCUUGUCUAGUGUCGUUAGGCACCGGAUCCCUUUUUUGUUGUUAGGAAAAAGAUAGAUUAGUACAUUAAUUUAUCCUUUUAGCUCAAAACUAGGAAACUUUUAUGUGUAUGAGAUGGUUACUUUUUAAGUGUUACAUUAGUAGAAUGUUUUUGGCCCAAAUUCUUGUUUUUAACCGUACGAGCAUGUCUGUUAUCUACACAUCCUUGUAAUGUAUGUUGCGAUGUGAUAUCCAGGACGUAUUUGUAGUAUGUUAGCCCUUGUCAACCCUUUCCCCACCAGUUAAGCCUGCUAGCCCAAGAUUUCAGGUUACUAAAGUUUUUUUCUAGCUUUGUGUUGUAUACAAUAACUGGUAGUGAAAGGGUUAAGUUAUACUUUGAAAGAAGUACAUUAUAAGUUUAAUUUAGAAUAAUACUACAAAUAUCUCCUAGUGUUUUGUUAAAUGAAACCAACAACCUGCAAUAGUUGGUUUCGAGUGGAAAUGAUUAAGCAUAGUUUAAUAUGAACCACUAUAUUUAGCACCAAUUCUUCAGCUGGUCUUUGUCAAAGGUAAUUUUUCUGAGGGAUCGUGUUUCAGUUGCCUUUGAAAAAAAAAUUCUAAUAAGCUCAAUAUAUUUAUCAACUCGACAGUUGAGCGAUUUGGUUUAACUGUAGUGUUGCUUCAGCUGAGCUGGUUGAACAAAAAAACAUGAUCCCCUAAGUUCUCUCUUAAACCAAAGCCAGUGGGCGACAGUUGAUGAAGGGUGUUCUUUUCUAGUCAUGAAGAGGCAUUAUUUGGCUUUAAUUGAUUAUGGUAAAGGAACUUUACAGUUUACCUUCAGUCCAACAGCAGAAUAAUUAGUUCGAAACAAAAACUGCUAAUUUUUAACUUGAACCUUUGAGUCCAGUCUUAGGUUUCUGUCAUCUUACCAACAGUAUAAAAUUUUCAUUUAAUAUCUUACUGUUUAUCUGAGCCUAUAUUUUGUUCAUUUUAAUUUGGUGGCGGUCAUCACUGUUGACCUUUAAUAAAGAGAGAAGUUUGGUAAUGAUA